CUGGGAUAAAGACCUGGUGCCAAAGGGAGGAACUUGAGAAAGAGGAGUCACUCUGGGUGUUUGCUACCUCCACAGGGAGCCUGGAGCCAGAGGAAAUGGGCCCUGGGAGUCUCGGACCUCCUCAGGUGGUUGUGACAUUCAAGGAUCUAGCUGUGGACUUCACCCAGGAGGAAUGGGGGCUCUUGGAUCCCUCUCAGAAGGAGCUAUAUAAGGAUGUCAUGAUGGAGAAUGUCUGGAACCUGCUUUCCUUGGGGCUUCCAGUUCCCAGAGAAGAGGUGACAUCUUAUUUUGAGCAAAGGGAAACCCCCUGGAUGCUGGACCAAGAAGGCCUGAGGAGCUGCUCUCCAGGUGAGUGAAAUGAAAGCAGAUGUAUGAGAGCUGUGGUUACAAGCGGCUUCUGGAAGUUACCCUGAAGUAAAUGCUGAGUUUGGGGGAGAAAGGCCAGACUUGGAAUUCUUUAUUGAAUAUUUCUUGGCAGCCGUGUCCGGAACUAGUCAGUG